UACUCCUUCAUGCUGCCGCACUACUGGUAGUUGGACGCAAGAGCAAUCUAUGGCGCAAGUAGAGAGCCCGUACCCGGCCGAGGCCCGUAACUUCCUGGGCGAGGAGCUGGUGGUGGGUCGCUGCAACUCCUCGGAUGGCGCCGCGGCGGGCGACGACGACGGGCCUUCCGCCCCGGCCUCGCUCGACGACGUCCUGCACUUCCUCACAGUUCGCUUGAAUACUACAUCCAAGAUGCGGUACUACGGUAACCUGGGGUUCCGUACGUACGAGGGCGCAUGGACCGGACUACUGGGGGCACUGAUGGACCAGUCCGUGGACGUAGCCUUGGAACCAGUCACCGCGCACCCGCCAAGACACCAGGACAUGGACUUUAUAUUCCCCAUCGCUGAAACUAUGUGCAAUAUCUACAUCCGGCACCAGGAAACGUCCACCGUGCGUGACAUAUUCCUGGCACCGUUCAGCCCCCGGCUGGUGGUGAGCGUGGCGGCGGUGGUGGUGGUGGCGGCGCUGGCCGUCGUGCUCGUGAGCCGCCUCACUCCCACGCUGCGAGGGAAGCAUCGCCCACUAGGGUACACUGAGGCUCUCGUCUGGUCUACUGGCAUUCUUUGCCAACAAGGCGGCACGUGGACGCCUCCAACUCCAGCAGCGAGCGUCCUUCUCAUCGUAUGCCUGUUGUUUGCGGUGGUGACAUACAACGCGUACGCAGCCUUCAUCACGUCCGUGCUGUCUGUCAGGGUGGCCAGCUUGGAUACUGUCGCUGCUGUGCUGCACUCGCCCGACUUCAAGAUCGGAUACAUCAGGAACGGGGCUGAUCAGAUGUACCUUAUGUCGACGAAGGAUGCCCAGCUGAACGCGUUCUACAUCCGAGGGUACUCGGACGCUGAGAACCUGGUGACUUCAGCGGAGGAGGGACUUGCGCGUGCGGCGCAGCAAAACUACGCGUUCUUCGCAGGCCAGCGUGCAGCGCGCUCCACGCUUAGGUCAUUGAGUCAGGCGCGUGGUCGUUGCGCGGUGCGCGAGUUGCCCGUAUAUUCGACUCGUGCGCACCUCGCAUUCCCUCUGCCCCGCCGCUCGCCUUACGCCAGACCUAUUCUUGUUGGACUGCUCCAGCUGCGCAGUGGCGGCGCCCUGGAGCGGCUGGAGUCGGCGCUGGUGCCCGCGAUGCCGCAGUGUGCUCCGCCGCCGGGCUUCGCCUCCGCCCGCGCCGCCGACGUGCGCUCCGCCCUUAUCCUGCUGCUCGUUGGACUCGUCACUGCUCUCAUGUUAGGUGAAGACGACUAUUUCACUUCACCUUUAUUUCACUUAUUUGUUUUAGUUUGGAGUACUUAG